ACUGGCUCAACGAUGGACCACAAGUCGUGAACACCCAUAAUUAAUACUAGUAAAAUGGAAUCAAGUUCAGAAAAUGAACAAAAUUAGUAAAAAAAAAAAAAAAAUCCGCAGAAAAGGAACACGGAACAGGCUUGGCGAGUCGAAGUUUUCAAACACUGGCGCCGCCUCCGUUAGGCUGCGUCCCAAUUUGUUUUCUUACGCUUCCUUUCUGUAGUGAGGACUGUCUUUACAUCUUACAUAGAUUAUAUGUAAUACAUCAAUUUAAUAAAAAAUAAUUAAAUACAAUUUCCUCUUCGGUAUGUUGUUGUUAUUAAAGCUUUCAAAUGAACCUUGUAGGAGAGUAGGAAAGAUAGCCAAAAAGUAGAUCGAACCCUGACUUUCAAACAACGAGACGUCAUUUUCAUGCGCCUUCACAGAUUGUUGCUAUGGAUACUCAGAGUUUGUUUAUGCGCUGAGGAGUUUAUCAAUGGCCUCACAAACGCAAAUAGAAGUCGUUGGCAUAAUUAAAGACCCAAAUUUCCAUGCUGCCAGAAGUAUAGCCGAGGUACUCAAACAACGGUUUCCUAAUGAUUUUUUGGAUCCAGAAAUUGUGCCACUUCUUGAAUUUGACUGGCAUGAAUACCUAUGCAAGAAGAAACGGGAGCUGCGUGGUGAUGUGUGGGAGUAUCCCAGCAAUGUGAUAUGCUUCCUUAAUGGCGUUCUCCUCGGUAAUGAAAAGCAACUCGCCAGCUGGGCAGAAAAUCAGUGGAAUUUCACCCUCACUCAUCCAGAGGAUUUCUAUACGGCUAUCACUGAGGAGUGCUACGCCAAACACCUUCAGAAAACUGGACAUAAGUUUGUCUUCAUGGAUAUUGUUGUAGCAGGAGAGGAUCCUCGGAGGAUAAGUUUUGAGCUGUUCUCCGAUCUGUGUCCAAAGACAUCAGAGAACUUUGAGGCUCUGUGCACAGGAGAACGAGGAAGGUCACAGAGCGGUCUCCCACUCCAUUACAAGGGCUCUCUGAUUCAUCGCAUUGUGCCCAAUGGCUGGGUGCAAGGUGGAGAUAUUUCUCCUCAUAGUAGAGGUAAUGGGGGCGAGUCAAUCUAUGGACCAACUUUUGAAGAUGAAAGUUUUGCUAUUUCCCACUCAAAACGGGGCACUCUGGGAAUGGCCAACAAGGGUCCCCACACCAAUGGAUCCCAGUUCUACAUCACCUUGCAGCCGACGCCCUGGAUGGACAAAAACUAUGUUGCCUUUGGACAAGCGAUUGAAGGUGUAGAAGUCCUGAAGAAAUUAGAAGAGAGUAAGACUUCCAAUGAAAGACCCAAAUAUGAAUGUAGAGUGUCAGCUUGUGGAGUGUUACCAAUGUAACUUUACUUUUUGAUGCAGUAAAUUCAAAGACAAACUCACUUCUGUGUUUAUCCGUACUUUCCUGCUCAGAAAAAAACCCCUUAAAUGUAAUUCUGUUGUUUUACUUUAUUUGACUUGUGAGAAUCAGAGUCCUGUAGAAAACUUCUAGUCUGUAUAUAAGAAUAGGACACAGCUUGAGUAACAAAAUUGGGUGUAUUGGUGAGACUUUUUGUUGUUGGAUUGUAUUGUUGUUAUCACACCUUUUAACAUGUAGAAGACAAAUUGUUCUCCGGACAUUUAUCUUAGCAUUUUGGAAUAUUUGCGCUGUUCUCCUUGAUAAAAAAAAAAAAAUCUUGUCAGCACAUUUUCCAACAGUGUUGCAAGUUUAACUUUGGUUACUUUUUACUUCAUUAUGUUAAAUGGAUAGCUGAAUGUGAAUCCUCUUUUAUUAUAGAGCAAACUCCACUUCUGCUAAGAAAAGUUAUGUCUGUAAAUGAUUCCAGAUGGUCUAAGAGAUAAAAACUAUUAAAAGAGACUUUGAAUAGAAAAUUGAGGAAAUCCAAUGUACUGUAGUCUGGGGUUAAAUCAAAGCAUUGAAAUAUUUUAAAUUUCCCCUUUAUUUUUAUUAUAAAAACACUGUACUUAUUGCAGGAUAAUCUAAGCCAGGUUUGCCCAGUAUACUGCAGAUCUUGUACAGAACCCAAUCUAAUGUAGUUUGGGUGUCAGAAAUUAAAUAAAUAUUGAUAUAAAAAAGGAGAAAAUACAUAUAAAUUUGAUAUGAAGUUCCAGUUCAUGUUUGUACAAAAUAAAGUAGACCUGUGGUAUUGCACUGUUUUUCUAUAUGACUCGAUUUAAGGUUAGAAGGGAAAAAGAAGGAGGAAUAAAAUGCUGUUUUUUUAAAGAAUGUGUCAAUUCAUGUGUAUGUGAUU